UUUUAAAUAAUAACUAAAUAAUAAUACUACAAAACGACGACAAUCAGUCAAGAUGAGUGAUGAUCAAACAGCGCUCAAUGAAGAGAAAGUUGCCAAACAUCAAGUCGUUGCCUACACGCAAAAGUCGCAGGUCAAGCACGAGAAUCGCCACAUCCAGUUGGUGCGCGAAUAUGGCUUCCAUCCGCGCACCAAGGCCUCUGUGGAGGAUGGCGAUGUUUUGCCCCGAAAAUUCGAGCCUUUUCCGGAAGAUAUGUAUGGCAAGCCGCUGGAGGAGAUUGACACCUUCAUAUACGAGGAGACAUUUUGUGUGGUGUCGAAACGAUUUCGUAAAAAUUAUAUACAUCGCUUUACUGGCACCAAAAGCCUAUUUCUCUUCCAUCCUUGGAGUCCAGCCCGUCGAGUAUGCGUCUAUAUAGCAACAAAUCAGUUUUUCGACUACUGUGUAAUGGCCACAAUUUUGUUCAAUUGUAUUUUCCUUGCCAUGACCGAGACAGUGGAGGAAGCCGAAUACAUAUUCCUGGCCAUUUACUCCAUUGAGAUGGUCAUUAAAAUUAUUGCCAAAGGAUUUCUGCUUAACAAGUACACCUAUUUAAGAAAUCCCUGGAAUUGGUUAGAUUUUGUGGUAAUAACUAGUGGCUAUGCCACUAUUGGCAUGGAGGUGGGCAAUCUGGCCGGGCUGCGUACGUUUCGGGUGUUGCGUGCCCUCAAGACGGUGUCCAUAAUGCCCGGCUUAAAGACUAUCAUCAACGCGCUGCUGCACUCCUUUCGACAAUUGGCUGAGGUCAUGACCCUAACCAUCUUUUGUCUGAUGGUCUUUGCCCUGUUCGCCCUGCAAGUAUAUAUGGGUGAACUGAGGAACAAGUGCGUGCGGCAGGUUCCCACAGAUUGGAAUAACAUCUCGCAUUUGGAUUGGCAAAUAUGGGUCAACGAUACGGACAAUUGGCUCUAUGAUGAGGAGGAGAUGCCCAUGUUGUGUGGCAAUCUAACUGGUGCACGGCAUUGUCCAUUGGGUUAUGUGUGCAUCUGUGUUGGUGAAAAUCCCAAUCAUGGUUAUACCAAUUUCGACAAUUUCAUGUGGUCGAUGUUAACCACAUUCCAGUUAAUUACCUUGGAUUACUGGGAGAAUGUCUACAAUAUGGUAUUGGCCACCUGUGGCCCCAUGAGCGUAUCCUUUUUCACUGUGGUUGUCUUCUUUGGCUCAUUCUACCUAAUCAAUCUAAUGCUAGCCGUUGUGGCCUUAAGCUACGAGGAGGAAGCCGAAAUCACAAAUGAAGAGCGCAAAAAGGAUCUUCUCGAUCAUCGUGAUGAUUCCACAUUUAGCUUUGAUCCCUCAGUGCUCAAUGUGAAGAAGCUCAAUAAGAACAAUAAGAAGAAAAUCGACUCACGCAAAGGUGUGCUUCUGGCCUCGUAUAGCAAAAAGAAGACGCGACGAAAAAAGGGUGGCAAAGGCGGCAAAGAUGGCAGCAAUGGAACCAAUGGUAAUGGCAACGGCCAGGAUGACAAUAAAUCAAAUUCGGCCACUCCAAGUCCGGGACCAAGUCCACGUCACAGUGCCACCGAAAGGCCAUCGGCACUUAGUCUACAAGCCCAGAAGCAAUAUCAACAGCAAAUAGAACAUCAGCAGCAGCACCAACAGCAGAAACAGCAAACCAAACACGAUCAGCACGAGGAGCAAGAGGUGGCCAAGGUGGCUGCAGCGAAAAAUCGUAUUAGCUUUCAGGAUACCAACGUUAAUGUCAAGAAUCCAAAUAUGCUAUACCCCUCCGACUACAAGGGUCAAUUGGUGGCCAGUAGCCGUCAGACUAGUUCCAAUUCCAGUGGUGUCAAUCGUGAAUCCUCACAAGAUGAUUCCGGUGUGGUGGACGAUGAUCAUGAGGAGCAGGAUGCAUCUAAUGAACUACUUGGACAUGUAUCCACUGUGGAAUUGGCCCUAUCGCCCCGCGAAGUACGACUAAUCAAAUGUAAUGGGAAUAUUGCCAGAAUCAAGAAUCAUAAUGUCUAUGCCUUACAUCAGGAAUUCUCAUCGCAAGUUGUCGUUAUAGAUGAUCUUCCGGAUAGAAAUUGUGAUCGUUGCAUUCAUUGCUGUGCCGAUUAUGAAAGUUGGCUGCAAUUCCAGAAUUGCCUAUAUAAAGUGGUACGUGAUCCACUCUUUGAGCUGGCCAUAACCCUUUGCAUUGUGCUCAACACUGCCUUUCUGGCCAUGGAACAUCAUGGCAUGACCGAAAGUUUUCGCAAUGCCCUCGAUGUGGGCAAUAAGGUUUUCACCUCAAUUUUCACCUUCGAGUGCAUAGUGAAACUAAUGGCCUUAUCAAAGGAUUUCUUUCUAUGUGGUUGGAAUAUUUUUGAUUUGAUUAUUGUGACAGCAAGUCUAUUGGAUAUAAUAUUCGAAUUGGUUGAUGGUCUAAGUGUCUUAAGAGGUCUACGAUUGUUACGUGUGUUGAAACUUGCUCAAUCUUGGACCACUAUGAAGGUUCUAUUGAGUAUUAUAAUAUCCACAAUUGGGGCCUUGGGUAAUCUAACACUGAUUUUGGUCAUAGUCAUCUAUAUAUUCGCUGUGAUUGGCAUGCAAUUGUUCUCCAAAGAUUAUACACCAGAGAAAUUUGAUCCAGAUCCAGUGCCGAGAUGGAAUUUCAAUGAUUUCUUUCACUCAUUUAUGAUGAUCUUUCGCAUUUUAUGCGGUGAAUGGAUUGAACCUCUUUGGGAUUGUAUGCGGGCUGAAGAGGAGCAAGGUGCCUCUACUUGUUUUGCCAUCUUUCUACCCACUUUGGUUAUGGGAAAUUUUAUGGUUUUAAAUUUGUUCUUGGCCUUGUUGCUCAAUAGUUUCAAUUCCGAGGAGCUUAAGUCAAAGAAAGAGGAAGUUGGCGAGGAAUCAAAACUGGCGCGGAGCAUUGAAAGGGUUCGUGAUUUGAUACGUAAAAAGCGGCAAGAGCGUAAAGAUCGCAAAGAGCGUAAAUUUGCUGAGAAAUUCCAGCAAAUUGUCCUGGAAGCUCAGCAGGCCCAGCAUCAGCAGCAGCAGCAGCAACUGCAGCAGGGGCAAGGACAAUCGCAGGCAGUUCUUGAAUUAGAUAAACCCAAUCUGUUGGCCGAGACCAAGUUUCAUAGAUUAAGCUAUCAGGAGUCUAUGAAUCGUCCUGUCUCUGGUUCAGAUUUUGGUUAUCAAAUUCCUUUGGCCGAAAAUCUACAUACAAUUGUCGAUGGCCUUGAGUAUGAGGAACCUUUGCUCUGCGAACAGCAAUUGGAGCAAGUGCAACUGCCACAGCAACAACCACAAAUGCCUUUGACAAGCGAUUCCUUGCCGCCAUCGUAUGAGGUGGCCAUUAGUUCUCAGAUUAGUCAGAAUCUUUUGCCAGAGCGCAGUCGGUUGCAGCAUCAAAUCUCUUCGGGAGUGGGCACCCAGCAUAAUGACUCACGGGAUGAGGCUACCUACACCGAAUCGAUAGAACUGCGCCUGCUGGGCCAUUACAAUUCCACAGACACUGAUCCCUAUGUCAAUGAUCAACGUAGUGGAUCAUUUGCCCGGGUGGACUCACUGCAAGAGGCCUCCGAGCAUGAUGAGGCCUAUCUCAAGUAUCAGAAAUCUUUGCUCACACGCUCGCCCAGUUAUCGCAAAAGUUUGGAUCGCCUGUCACAGUCGAGUGGGCAAUCGUUGAUUAAGACGGAAACAGAAGAGGGCGGCAGUCAUAUGAGAAGACAUUCGAGUGGUCAUUCGCUCAAUUCCAUAUCCAUUGACCAGGAUGAGCUCUUAUCACAGCAGGGUGGAAAUUUGCGCGAAGAAUUGCUCAAUUGUGAUCAGAAGGAGUUGUUUCAAUUCCUGCAAGAAGAGGAUAAGACCCAACCUAUGCGUUCGCAUCGUUCCUCGCAGCUGCAAUUGGACAGUAGUGAACCUCUUGCAGAGCAUUCCGAAUUCGAUAACAUUAUACAAAGUUUCGAAAAGGAAUUGGAGGAGAUUAAACGUUCCACCACCUCGCUAGAGAGGAAAUUAUCCACACUCUCGGAACCCUCGCCGGCAGCUGAUGUGGCCACGCGAGCCAUUAUGGAUCACAUUGCGCAUAUAACAGCUGCCUCGGAACGCACCACAGCCGAUGAGGUGGUGCAUCCAUUGAAUCCCUAUGACAGCUAUGAUCUGUCCAGCGUGCCCAGACGAUCGCAUUCGGUUAGCUCAACGGCUCAUCGUCAGUCGGUGAAAUUGAAACGACGCAGUUUGGAGAAACAGCGCAAAAUUGACGAGGACUUUAGCAUCUCGAAUGAGAUACGUAAAAUCUGUGAUCAAAUUCAUGCCCCCUUCAUAGCCAUGGAGGCCAUGGCUGUGGCGGCAACUAGCAAUAGCUCUGGAGGUGCCAGUGGAGCUGGAUCACCAUUUAUGCGUCGGAAAACUGAUCCAUUUAGCCUUCAAUUCGAUCGUUUUAAGCGUCUCUCACUAAUCGAACGACUGGAAGAACUGCCCGAAGAGGAAAAGCCAAUUUCAACGCUGCGCAUUGAAUCGGAGAAAAUGCCAAGAAAAUUCCUACAUGGUGAUCCACAGCAGCUAAGCCAAUUGGAUAGCUUAUCGCUAAAGAGCACCAAUUCGUAUGAGAAUUUAUUAAUACAGAAGCAAAAGCAAUCAAAGACCGUACCAGCCACACCGCCCACUUCCUUGAAAUCGAACAUUGAGCCACCAACACUGGCGCAAAUUUCAUCGCUAAAGGCCACACCGCCGCUGGCUGCUCUCACCGAGCAUCAGCAGCAUUUUCAUGCAACAAGUAUACAGACAACAGCCACACCACAUGACCAUCAACAUCAACAUGCACAUCAACAUGCACAUCCACAUGCACAUGGCAUGGCCGGCAAACGACAACGCUCGGAGCAUCCACAAUCGACCUUAGACAAAGCCGCAUCCUUUCAGUCCGCCCGCACCGAAUCGCAUAGCUCGGGAGUGGCCGAGGUUAGCCAAAAGACUGAGACACUGUUGCAUCCUCAUGCAUCGCAAGAGGGAGUGGCCACAAUUGCAUCAACGACCCCAAAACCAACAUCGGCAUUCUCACGUCUGACCGAAAAACCAUGGCAUUGUCUGGUUUCCUACGUAGACGAUCUCACUGUCGGUGGGAGACGUAAUUCGCAGGGUGCCUACAAUGAUCCCAUGACUUUUCCAAGUUUCGGUCAAGCAAAGCCGCCAAAAGUGCCCGAUGAUUGUUUUCCCCAAAAAUGCUACGAUCACUUCUAUUUUCGUUGUCCCUGGUUUAUGUCCUGCAUGGAUACACCAAGUGCCAAGCAUUGGACACGCAUUAGGACGGCUGUCUUGACGGUUGUCGAUACUCCGGCCUUUGAGUGGUUUGUCUUAGUGUUGAUCUUUGCGUCGAGUAUUACGCUCUGCUUCGAGGAUAUCUAUCUGGAUAGCAAUAAGACACUGAAACGUGUCCUCUAUUGGACAAACUUUUCGUUCUGUUUGAUCUUUGUGGUGGAAAUGAUAUUAAAAUGGUUGGCUUUGGGCUUUUCCAAAUAUUUUACAAGCUUUUGGACUAUACUUGAUUUCAUCAUAGUAUUUGUCUCUGUCUUUUCUCUACUCAUUGAGGAGAAUGAAAAUUUGAAGGUUUUACGCUCAUUGCGUACUUUACGAGCCCUUAGACCCUUAAGAGCCAUCUCACGGUGGCAAGGAAUGCGGAUUGUAGUAAAUGCUCUCAUGUAUGCAAUACCAUCAAUUUUCAAUGUACUUUUGGUUUGUUUAGUUUUUUGGUUAAUAUUCUCCAUAAUGGGUGUACAAUUUUUUGGUGGUAAAUUUUUCAAAUGCGUCAAUGAAAUCGGCGAAUUGCUGCCAAUUACCGAGGUGAACGAUAAAUGGGAUUGCAUUGAACAAAACUAUACAUGGAUCAAUUCAAAAAUCACUUUCGAUCAUGUUGGCAUGGGUUAUUUGGCCCUAUUGCAAGUGGCCACAUUUGAGGGCUGGAUGGAGGUGAUGGCCGAUGCAGUCGAUGCCCGUGGCGUGGAUCUACAACCGCAGAGAGAAGCCAAUUUAUAUGCAUAUAUUUAUUUUGUUAUAUUUAUUGUAUGCGGCUCAUUCUUUACCCUGAAUCUAUUCAUUGGAGUUAUCAUUGAUAAUUUCAAUAUGCUCAAAAAGAAGUAUGAAGGAGGAGUGUUGGAAAUGUUUCUCACCGAAUCUCAAAAACACUAUUACACGGCCAUGAAAAAAUUGGGACGAAAGAAACCACAGAAAGUUAUUAAGCGACCCAUAAAUCAUUUUUUAGCUAUGUUUUAUGAUUUAUCCAAUUCGAGAAGAUUCGAAAUUGCGAUCUUUGUACUGAUUUUUCUAAAUAUGCUUACCAUGGGCAUUGAGCAUUACGAUCAACCACAUGCCGUAUUCUUUAUACUGGAAGUAAGCAAUGCAUUUUUCACCACAGUCUUUGGUCUGGAGGCAAUUGUUAAGAUUGUGGGUCUUCGUUAUCAUUACUUCACUGUGCCAUGGAAUGUCUUUGAUUUCCUCUUGGUUUUGGCCAGUAUAUUUGGCAUUCUAAUGGAGGACAUUAUGAUUGAUCUGCCCAUUAGUCCGACUUUGUUGCGUGUCGUUCGUGUUUUCCGUAUUGGACGUAUUUUGCGACUCAUUAAGGCCGCCAAGGGCAUAAGGAAAUUGUUAUUCGCUUUGGUUGUAUCGCUGCCAGCUCUAUUCAAUAUUGGAGCCUUGCUUGGUCUGAUUACCUUUAUCUAUGCCAUAUUGGGCAUGUCUUUGUUUGGUCAUGUGAAGCUACAGGGAGCCCUGGAUGAUAUGGUUAACUUUCAGACAUUUGGUCGUAGUAUGCAAUUAUUGUUUCGUCUGAUGACCUCCGCCGGUUGGAAUGAUGUUUUGGAAUCUCUAAUGAUACAGCCACCGGAUUGUGAUCCAUUCUUCAAUCGUCAAACGAAUGGAGAUUGUGGCCAUCCAUUGUUGGCCAUAACAUAUUUUACUAGCUUCAUUAUAAUCAGCUAUAUGAUUGUGAUCAAUAUGUAUAUUGCCAUUAUAUUGGAGAAUUUCAAUCAGGCCCAUCAAGAGGAGGAGAUUGGAAUUGUUGAGGAUGAUUUGGAAAUGUUUUAUAUACGCUGGUCCAAAUAUGAUCCACAUGCCACCCAAUUUAUACACUUCUCGCAACUGUCCGAUUUUAUUGCCUCUCUCGAUCCACCAUUGGGCAUCUCGAAGCCCAAUAAUGUCGCUUUAGUGUCAUUUAAUCUGCCCAUUUCGAGGGGCAAUAAAAUACACUGUCUCGAUAUUUUGCACGCGCUGGUUAAGCACGUGUUAGGUCAUGUCGAGGAGACCGAUAACUUCAAACAGUUGCAGGAACAAAUGGAUGUCAAGUUCAAGAAACAGUUUCCAACGCGUAAAGAAUUGGAAAUUGUUUCAUCGACAAGGAUCUGGAAGCGUCAGGAGAAGGCGGCCAAAACGAUACAGCUGGGUUGGAAAGACUAUUUGCGGCGCAAGAGGGAGAAAGAGCGUUCCAAUUCGGGUGAUAGUGCCACACAGAAUUCCAGUCCAGGUGGUUGGCAAUCGAAACUAUCGGCCCUGAAUUUCUUCCAUCUGCAGGUUAGCCGCAGGGGCACUGCUUGCUCAAGUCGUGCCUCUUCACGCAAAUCCUCACGAGCCUCCGAUGCCUCUGAUUUAAGCGAAUUGGCUGGUCCGUGGCUAAAUUUACCAUUAAUGCUUGUCUCUGGGGCCGAUGAUGUGGUUAAGGAUAUUAAGCAACAAAGCGAUGAGCUGGGCAAACGCAUAUCCUCUUGUAUCUCCCUAAACUAUGAGUCCUUGCUCGCCGAUAUGGUAACAGCCGUUUUACGAAGUGGCUCCCAGCCUAGUGGCCUGAAUUAUUUAGCAGCCGCUAUAAACACCACCAACACCUCCAACACCACCAACACCAUAACCACCACUUCAACAUCCGCCUCCGCAACAGCCAUUGCCGCUACGAGCGUGAGCGAUAGACAAACCCAAAUUCAUCCGCAUCCGCAAAUGGCUCCAACUCCAAAUCGUAAGCGUGCCUCGAGUUUUAUACGCAAGAAACCGCCCCUAGAACGAGGUUUGUCAGCACAGAGCGCUUUAAGACUUAACAAGAACGCUUUUGUCUCCGAAGGACCUGCUCCCGAGGUUAUAGUGACCAAACCCUCACCAGAUCAACAAACUCAUCCAACGCAUACGCUUAACUUGCGACCAGAUAAUGCCACAUUGGUUCAUGUCCUGGUGCAUCGUGAGAGCGAGGAAUACAAGGAUGAGGAAGACGAUGAGCAAGGUUAUUCGGGCGCGGGCCACGAAUCGAAACCAAAGCCACCACAAAUACGUAUAAGUAGUGGUUCAUCGGAUAGUCAAUUGGCUGCCGGACAUAUGCAAAUGCCCUCAACAGUUCAAAUAAUGGUGGACAGUCCGAAAGAUCCGCCACGUGGUGAUUUCAGUAAUCUCGGGCGAGAUUCUCUCGAGGAGAAUACAACACAGCCGCAGCAUGCUCCUAUCGAUGUCAAUGUGCAGGGUGAUACCUCACAAGUGUUCUACGAUUAUAAUCCCGAAAUUGUUGAAGAUCCAACAACAAUGCAGUCAUCGCAGUCCACAGAGACUAGAUGACCUUCAGAGCGGGGGGAGAAUGUCAACGAUAGCCAGAGGAGCAGUGCCACAAGUAGUACCAUCAGCAGCAGCUCCUCCAACACCACCAACAAUGGCAGCUCAUCAACAAGUUGACAACCUCCAGUUGUCUGAUUCCCAAAAGCAUUUCACUCAUUUAGUAUUUAUAGUCUCUUAGGUUUUAGGCAUUUGUUAAAGCUAGUCGGAUAAACUAUAUAUAUAUAUAUAAACUAAACUAAUUAGUCGCUUUAUACAAACCGCUCCAAAACAUAUACACAAACUCACACACAUAUAUAUAUAUAUAUAUAUACCAUUUUUGUGCUUAGUUGAUUAGAUUGUGCUCUGAAAUUUAUAAUUGGCCUAGAGAGCAGUCAGUCCUGGGGUCCUUAAAGGUGCUCCAACUUGAAAUUGACAACAAAAGGACAUGAAUGAAGCUCAAAAUUAUUCUCUCUCUUUUCUUGACUCUGACUAUUUAAAGAUUUCUUUGAUAGAUUUUUGAAAUUUGUUUUUUGUUAAAUGAAAAAUUGAAUACUAAAACUUAAUAACCCAAGAUAUCCUCGGAGUUGAUAAGGCAGCAUAUUUAAAUAUGUUUUUGGAUUAGACACAGAAAUCAAAUGUCAAAAAAAGUCCUCGAUAGAUAAGGAAGAUCUUAUACUUCAAUGAGGUUAACACUAACAGAGGUCAAUGCUAAACCUUAGACCUUUUGGUUUUGAAAGCUCCUUAAUUAAAAAUAAUAAACAUGUUUUCGACAAUUUCAUUUCCUUAUGCAUUGUAAUGAAAUAUCAAUUCUUUUCCUUAAGAAUUAUUAUGAAAUUUUGUUUUUAAAGAUUCUUUUAAUCUAGUUUUUCAAACAACAA